AGGCCGUUGAAAGGUCUGAAACGGGCAUGCUGGGAAUGUAAGAACGCAACAGAGAUGAAUUUAGUUCCAAUUCGGCCAAGCACUAACUUUAAGUUCAAGGCAAGAAGAUAAAGAUUCAUGGAAGCUCGAGCCAAACGGACAUUAGUGUCUACUCCAGCAUGAGUAUUCCCACCGGACCGGACCGGGUGGUCCAGGAGAAUCCAUGCCAGUUGCACAUCGGAGAACGGCUAGGGAAGCUCGAGCAACUCUUUGAAAGAUUCGUCUGUCGCAAGAACUCGGCUGUUCACCCUUCAGAGACCCCGCGUAGCCCUACCUUGGUAGACUCAUCCGAUACCCAGUCUAAGCUGUCUUUACCCAUGCUCUCGAGCGAUGCGCAGAGCGUCUCCUCGAUCGGCGACGGAAUUCUUGGUGCGCAGACUUGGAGGUCUGCACCGACUAUCCGUACUUCGGCAAACAAGCCAGACAGCACCCACCCUUCACACAGUGAUGCUGUCCACAGAUACUUGACCGCUCUACUACCCUCGCAGCACGAUGCUGAUAUCAUCUUCGAGUCCACUAACGGAUGGAUGAUUCUAAACGGCAUCUAUAAUGCCUCUAAAGAGAUUUACGUCAACAAAGACGAGCAGUCAUAUGCCCUGGACAUGGCUGCUGUGGCCCAGGAACGCUCGAUCAUCGUAGCUCGGACGCUCCUCCAUCUGGCAAUAUGCAUCAACUCGCUGCCACCCGAAUUUGACCAGUCUCGUCUCACGAACAUCUGGUCCCUAGACGCUACGAUGCAGAACUACGUUUCCACUGUCAACUCGUUGAUCACAAACGCGGACGAAUACAUGCUUACACUUCAUGGGUUGGAAUGUCUGAUGUUGCUCGCCGUCUACCAUAUGAACAGUGCCAAUCUUCGUCAAGCUUGGCUUAUUGUCCGGCGGGCCAUGAAUCUGGCGCACCUCAUGGGCUUUCAUCGGAUCGUAACACAACCCGAUUUAAACCCACCGAUACCAGCAGUCAGCAAUGCGAAAGUCCUCUGGCGUCACUUCGUUGAUAUAGAUCGAUACUUGGGGUUGCAUCUCCGGUUACCAUUUGGGGCAGACGAUGUUCCAGUCUCUAAUGACGCUGACCUGCAAGUCAUCCAUCGGGCAAGAAUCAACGCCUUGAGCAAAGAAAUAGCCGACCUCGACCGCGACAUCACACCACAAUCCUACGCAAAGGCGCUGUCACUCGACGAGAAACUGGAAACCAACAUGCGGGAGAUGCCUCCAGACUUCUGGGACGUACCCAACAUCCCCUCUACCGCACGAUCUCCAGAAUCGUUCGCAGCACUUGAAAGGUUGAUGGUCCAAAUGUGGCACUUCGAGAUGAAGAUCUUUGUCCACUUACCCUACCUCCUCCGCGCACCCCACGAAAGCCGCUACGAAUUUUCAAAGGUCACGGCUCUACAGGCUAGCCGCAAUGUGCUGAUGAGAUGGUUCGCGCUCCGCAAUGCAAGCAUCACACAAGCAUGUUGCCGCCUUGGCGAGAUCGGCGUCUUCAUCGCUGCGGUCACGCUUACUCUAGACAUUGUCAUUGAGCUCGCUAUGAAAGAAAAGAGCGAAGUGCAGAAGACCAAGGGAACAGACUUCGCCAUGAUAUGUCGCCUCAUCGGCGAAAUGGAGAAGCUAGCAAAGGCGUCCACACGCGAGAAGAUUGCAGCACGCAGCGCCGUUGUGCUGAAGAAGAUGCUCUCUUCACUCGACCCCAGCAGACAAGGAGCUGGCAAGGCGCGACUCACCAUCCCUUUCUUUGGCACUGUAGAGCUGGAGUACAGGAAACUGCCAGUACGGCCUCUGUUCGAUCUUGACUCUGAUACAGGCAAGAAGCUGAACGCAACCGGACAUCACCUCCCGGUCUUUUCCUUUGUCAGCAACGCAUUGUGGCCGCCUAUGGAGGAAGGCUGUGAUCACGGUCUCGACUGGGACAUGGUCCUGUUCGACGGUCUUGAGGAUAAGGACACAGAGGGCAACUGGCUGUUCUAACCACGCCUGUCGUUCCAACAGCGACAGAAACAGCAGCAAGAGAGCUCGACGUCAGGAAGGGAUGAGGGACUAUUGACAUGCAUGCGCGACAACAGGUAAGCGCGCAACAUGUCCCAUUGUGGAAAGUUUAGCAAGGCGUCUGGUGCAUGGGGGGUACGCGUUCUAGUUCAAAUCCCUAGGCCUUCUGGAACAUGAUGUCCCGACGGGGGUGGCGAACGAGGAAAGGGGCGGAUGAUGUUACACCGCAAGCGCGCGACAUGUCGUUAAUAUAUUGCAAUUCCGU